AUGGCAUUGACAAGGGGUAAACGAUUGCAAAGUGCAAACACCAGUAGAGCAGAACAAAGUAUUAUAGCCGAUCGAUCAGGAACUGACCAAACUCAGGACGUAAGCAUGGACGUUGGUAAUAGCAACAUCGAGAUUUCUGAAUCCGGAAUACAUCCAAUCGACACAUCAGAAGUCGGUAAUAGCUAUUUGACAGGAACGAGUUCUAACAGUGGGAUGUACGGUGAAAAAGGCGAUUCAACUAGAAAACGUGGUAGGAAUCAGGAUUCGUAUGAUGAAAGUUACAGUUAUAUUGACAGUACUACAGAUUCAAUCGAACCUGAUUUUAGUCAAAACAUGAAGAACAACAGAGUACGUAGAAAUCAUGGAAGAUUUCAUUCAUUAUACAAUUCUAUUAAAUCAUUUUUCUUUACGUCAACCGAACCAAAUCUGUCAAUGAAGAGAAAAUUAAGAAAGAAACGUAAAUACUACUCUAAGGAUCCUCAAAGUAGACAUCUACAUUCUCCAAAAAGUUUGAGACGUAGAUCAGAAAAUAAUGUGUCUGGUAUGAGAGAUAAGAAAUCAAUGAGAGAUCAAGUACUUCAAAGAGAGAGACAAAAUAGAAACAUGAUCCAAUCAGGUAAUUUUGUUUCUCCGCCAGAUGUGCAAAGGCGAUUGACUUUAACUAAUGAUUCUUUGUCGAGUAAAGUUAAUUUAUUACAAAGACAAUUAAAUGCUGUAAGUGAGGAUUUAAAAUUUGCCAAAGAGAAGAACGCAUUAUUUGAGAAAUUAUUGGAUGACGCUAAUGUCGAUAGAUCAUAUGUCAAGUCUAGAAGAGAUAUACGAAACCUGGAGAAACGUAACAUCAAACCGCAGGAUGAAUUGCCUCCAUCACCUGAAAGAAAGGUAAAUCCUUUAGUCACAUCAAGUCCAAUUCACAGAGUAUCAACUGACCAUACAGAAAGUAGAAACUUGAAAUUAGCUCCUCCAAAGAUUAAUUUUUACAGCAAAUACCCGACCAUUCCUCGAACCGAAUCUUUAGUCAUGGGUGCAAACCUUGAUCUAGGGCCAGAUCAUAUCACAGACAAUACUGAAAACAAUAACGAGCCAGCCUAA